CUAACAGCCAAGACAUCAAGCAACGGUAUUCAAAAGACUUUCAAUUGGUAUCAAAGACUCCACCUCGUUCAAGUGUACACGCGUGCGCACGGUACCGCUCGUACAGUCACGCAGCACACAGCAGCUGUGAAGCAGACUUGCGGCAAGACUGUGUCCAAAAUGAUGGAUUAUGGCAAUGAGACUUCAUAUGACUAUCAGACUUCAUAUGAAAAUAAGACUUCAUUUGAAGAUGAGAUUUUUUAUGACUAUGAGAGUCCAUGUGACGUGGACGAUUCAGGAAACGCUUCUGUUAAGUAUUAUCUCCAGGUCUACGUGCACUCCCUUAUCUGCAUUGUAGGGUUCAUUGGCAAUGUCCUGGUGAUCCUUACAUAUGCUUUCUACAAGCGCACCAAGUCCAUGACUGAUGUUUACCUACUGAACGUGGCCAUAGCAGAUGUCCUGUUUGUCGUGGCCCUGCCUCUGAUCAUCUUUAGUGAGCAGAGUAACUGGGCUUUGGGUGAUUGGUCCUGCAAGCUGUUGCGUGGUGUCUACAGUAUCAACCUGUACAGCGGCAUCCUGCUGCUGGCUUGCAUCAGUUUAGACCGCUACUUGGCGAUCGUCCAAGCUCGCCGCUCUUUCCGAUUCCGCUCGAGCAUGCUGGUCUACAGUUACGUGAUCUGUGCGGUCGUCUGGCUUUCAGCCUUGCUCCUGACUUUGCCCACCUUCAUGUUCUACGAGCGCUACGCACCCAGAGAAACAUUCAAUAUGUCAAUGUCUUACGAAACAGUGACGAACUCUGAUAGUACACCAGUGACUAAGGAGACGAAGACUUUGGCUACUGAAGUUCCAGACAGCACGCAACAGGAGCAAUACGUGUGCUUCUUCCGCUUCAAGGACAACAACACCGCAAAGCGUAUGAAGGUGCUAGUGCCGAGUGCCCAGGUGGCUGUGGGGUUUUGCUUCCCGUUGCUGGUCAUGGGCUUCUGCUACUCCAGUGUGGUGUUCACACUCCUGCGUGCCAAGAACUUCCAAAGACACAAGGCUGUGCGUGUGGUCCUGACCGUGGUGCUGGUCUUCAUCAUCUGUCAUCUGCCCUACAAUGCAGCACUGUUCUACGACAUCAUUUACAUGUUCUCCGGUAGCGAUUGCGAGGGCCAUAGUAUCACACAGCUGCUGCUGAUCCUCACUGAAAGCCUGGCCUACCUGCACUGCUGCCUCAACCCAUUGCUCUACGCCUUCAUCGGUGUCAAAUUUAGGAACCACUUCCGCAAGGUCAUGGAGGACCUCUGGUGCCUUGGGAAGAGUUACAUCGGGGCACGGCGCACGUCACGAGCCACCUCUGAGGCAUACUUAUCCUCCCGAAGGUCUGUAGACAGCUCAGGGUAUGAAAACGGCACCUCGUUCACCAUGUGAAAAACUGGAGAUCCCUGUCUAACAGUUCAAGCUGAGGUAUAUUAAGACUAUCAGGUUUGUAGCUCUUUGCUGCACAGAAAAAACAGUGCAAGCUCAUUGCUACAAUUAAAUCUUUCUUUAUUUUCCCCCCUUUCUUUUAAAAAUAAAUAAAUAAACGUUUAACCGUUGCAGCGAGAAGAUAUUAGGUAGUCAUGUUUAGUAAUCCCUUUUUGUAUUUUUUUACAUAAAGUGUUUUAAUAUGUAUCGCAGUCUACUGUCACUUUAUAUCAUAAAUGAUAUGAGCUUCAAAUGUGUUUUAUUUAUAUAUAUAUGUUGUUGGACUGAAGAGUUCUUGUACCACUGUGGUGUCCUGUGUGUUCAUUUUUAGCUAUUGAGCGCUCACACACGCACACAACUUGUUGCUUAUCGGGCUGGUGAAUGAGAAGUAAGUCUGGGAGGCGGAUUGGUGUCGCCGGAAUUCGUCCAAGGUACCAGUAAAGGAUCAUCUCUGAGCAGAUAUUAUUUUAGGGUGUGUUGCUGGUACGAGUGCAUCAGGAACAGCAGCUCUGCUGAGGUUUGUUCACACUGAACCAUACGAGACACGUCUACAGAUACUGGUGAUCUAUCCAGAUCGUUCUUCAGUGGUUCAGAGAAGUGAUGAAUAUGGGUCUGAGAUGAUGGAUAUGACGAAGGGAGCAUAGGAAGAAAAGGCUAUUGGUAUAAAUAAAGACGAUAAGAAUUUCGAGAAGUCUUUUCCGUCUCUUUGCUGCCACCUGGCGUGACUCUGCACAUCUGCAGCACUUGACAUACACCGAUCAGCCAUAAC